CGGCUCUCCCCACGUUUGUAGUUGUUGGAUUUAUCCUUUUAAUGAACCCUUUGCUUCCUCGUCUCGUGCUACAUUCUUACACGUAGACCAGGGAGUCUUAAGUCUGGCCUUUGAAUACCUCUCAUAUUUCUAUCCGGCCGUCCUCCCUUCUUUCCGGUCUCUUCUUACUUAACCCGUCUCUCCACUCGUCAACCUGCAGCCCACCACGUUACCUUCCCAUCUCACAACCUCUUGAACUCGGACUCCUUCCUUACCGCCGCCCUCGAGCCUCCCAUGAUGCCUGCGCUCGUAGGGGCGUCUAUGCCCAACAUGCCUUUCCAGGGCUACUCGCUAGACGCUACUUACGAUGAAUUCCCCCAGCAACUCGCCCUGUGCGACUCGGCGCGGAGGAUAUCUCGCGGCUCGACGGGACAGCGAACGCCGGGUGCUAUGCGUGUCGUGAAGCCAAGCAGUGCCAGUAACAGCCCGCAGGCCGUGGCGGCACGGCGGAGGACCAUGUUGAACGACGGCGGUCUCGCCCGGAGGCGACAACAAGUCUUCGACCAAGCUAUCCUACAGCAGAUUCAGGACUGCGCGUCCUAUUCGACCCCGGAGGAACCUGUAAAGAGGAGCCACCGCCCGGUGAGCUGGCAUCCGACCUCGCACUUCCAACAGCCGCAUAUGCAUAUACCUAUGCCGCAGCCGGAUUUCUCACACUACGUCGUGCCUGCCCCUACAGCAUUCCACCAAGCAGACAUUUACGCCGGGUACCAGAAUCUGCCCCCGACGCCCGCAGUCUAUUCGGGGCAGGCCUCGCCUAUCUCCAGCGUGUCACCGCUGUGCCUACCAUUCUCUGCCGUUUCUCACCCACCACAUGGCGCGCCGGCGUAUGUAUCGCAGGAUGCGUGGAAUCCCGCACCGCAGUUUGUCCUCAACCCUUACGCGCCGGGUGGAAGCCCCGAGGAGACGGAGCCCUUCCCGUCGUUCACGAGCCAAGCGUCGUUUGAAUGGGACGGUCUCGCCACCCCCGGCUUUACCACUUGCACGGCACCCCCAACACCGGACGAGUACCAACCGGUCCAACAACCAACAGUUACUCCGGAAGAAUCCAUACCGUACCAACCACUAGAGGAGCCCGAGGAGGAGGAUGAGGAGGGGGAAAUAUUAGUAGGCAUGGGUCUCUACGAUCCGCCAAACAAGGACGAAACCGACCCAGAGCUAGACAGCUACCGAACGACAACUUUGCAAUUACUAGGGACAACCUACAGGGGAGGGGGGAGGGGCUGGAAAUUGGAGGAAGCAUGGGAACCGCCCGCUACUGAUGACGAGGACGACGCCGAAGACGACGGCGAGGAGGACGACAAUGACGAGGAGGAUCUGCCAGAGAAGAAGGACAGGACUACGUAGUCAACCCCGGCCCAACCAGAGCAAUCGCGAUUUCGGUGGCAAUACGAUAGCCGCCCUCGUCUCUCCUCGUCUCUCUCUCUCUUUAACACACCUAGAGAGCGCACAGAGGAGGGCGUAUGACGGGAGCCCCAGAAGACUACCUGUACCUCGGGAGAGGAGUGCGUAUUGUAAAUAGCUUA